CUCAUUAACUUUUUGUUAAACCUGUGUGUUUGUGAAUUUUAAUACAAAUGUGUCGUUUUGUUACUUUGCUAAUCUGUUACUUUACCCACUAGCGUGAAACAAGUCCAUUUAAUUCUGUCUGGAUUCUCCUUUCUCUACGUCAAAGCAUCAAAGCCUGCUACCUGUUGUGGGAUUUGACCUAGGUCUCAUUCACAGAUCCGUCUCCUUGAGCUUGGCAAAAACACGCACAUUCACACCAUGCUAAUCCUCCGAGAGGUUCAAGUGUCUUCUUGACCCAUCCUUCCCUCCAUCCAUCCAUUCGCUCUCUCUCUCUUUCUCCCUCUCAGCCCUGCUGCCUCACUCCACCCUACACACCCACCUCACUCCACCCCAUAGUGUAUUAACGCUCCCAAUCCUCUUUGAGGCAGAGUGACGUCUGCCACUGUCAGAAACAGUUAAGCUGCAGGAGAAACAGUGGUGAGAAGCUUGUGCAGGAAUAACCAAGCAGUGCUGAUUUCCAGGGGACCUCCAGUGAGAAGGGAUCGCUGCCACUUAAGAAUUGACUCCCAUCCCCAGCUGAUGCUCAUGCCGUAGGGACCUUCAGGGGAAUAACAUGGCGUACUGUCUUCAUAAACAACUGAAAAGUCUGCCCAAGUGCUACAAGCGACAAAAGGAUGAGCGCUGAGAGACUGGAGUACUUCUGGGCUGCCUACCUGUUUUAAAGGAAUUUCACUGACGAUCUUCUGUACUUUGUAAGGAAUUAUUCCAGAGUAACUAAGAAAUCAAGAAUAGUUGAGUGACAUUUCCUGUUUGUUUGUGCUCCGCUACACUGGUGGCCAAACAUUGACAGGACAUCAUUGGCCCAUGUCAGGUGUGUCUGAAGGGUGUUUGUGUGAACAUGUACUCCAAGGGCUGGCUGUGCAUCCGUGCUUCUAAUUGCUUUUAUCGCAACAGCAAACUCAGUGUGUGUGUGUCUGUUGGGCUGUGCUGGGCCCACUGAGUGUGAGACUGUGACUUGGUUUGGGAGCCAAGAAUCCUUGAAGAGUGUGAAGUGUCAGGGCCCCGUGGACUGUCAGUCAUCGCCCUGGAUUUCCUUGAGAUGGAAGGUCAUAAUUAUGACCGCUUCGGGGAAGUGGAAAGGGAGAACUACCACAUUGACUACAGGAGGAUCGUAGGGGACAUGGAACCAGCAAGGCCUCGCAUGCCUAACAAGGAUGGGGAGCAACCCCACCAUUAUGGCACCUUUGUCCACUCGACGACACAUGGUCACGGGCAUGAGACGGCUGCACAGCGGUACAGUGCGACACGUAUUCAAGCUGGGUAUGAACCAGAGAGCAUGGCCGACUAUUUGAUCAGCGGAGGCACAGGCUAUGUUCCUGAGGAUGGGUUGACAGCGCAACAACUCUUUGCUAUUGGCGAUGGGCUCACCUACAAUGACUUCUUAAUCCUGCCUGGUUUCAUAGAUUUUACUUCUGAUGAAGUGGAUCUAACCUCUGCAUUAACAAGAAAGAUCACACUUAAGACACCUCUUAUUUCAUCCCCCAUGGAUACAGUCACAGAGUCAUCCAUGGCCAUUGCUAUGGCAUUGAUGGGUGGGAUUGGAAUAAUUCAUCAUAACUGUACGGCUGAGUUCCAGGCCAAUGAGGUUCGCAAAGUCAAGAAAUUUGAGCAGGGCUUCAUCACAGACCCCGUGGUAAUGAGCCCCCGGCACACGGUAGGCGACGUGUUUGAGGCCAAGAUACGCCACGGUUUCUCAGGAAUCCCUGUUACAGAAACUGGCAAGAUGGGUAGCAAGCUUGUCGGCAUUGUCACCUCCAGAGACAUUGACUUCUUGUCUGAGAAGGACCAUGACAGACCCCUAGAGGAGGCAAUGACAAAAAGGGAGGAUUUAGUGGUUGCACCUGCUGGUGUCACACUAAAAGAGGCGAAUGAUAUUCUACAACGUAGCAAAAAAGGAAAGCUUCCAAUUGUCAAUGACAGUGACGAGCUGGUCGCCAUCAUUGCCAGGACAGACUUGAAAAAGAACAGAGACUACCCUCUGGCUUCGAAGGAUUCCCGCAAACAGCUGCUUUGCGGAGCAGCAAUCGGUACGAGGGAUGACGACAAAUACAGACUGGACCUCCUCAUGCAGGCUGGGGUGGAUGUGGUCGUCCUGGACUCCUCCCAGGGGAACUCUGUGUAUCAGAUCAACAUGAUAAACUACAUUAAACAGAAAUACCCUGAACUACAGGUAGUUGGAGGAAACGUGGUGACAGCUGCCCAGGCUAAAAACCUCAUUGACGCGGGGGUAGAUGCCCUCAGGGUUGGCAUGGGCUGUGGUUCCAUUUGCAUCACCCAGGAAGUGAUGGCAUGUGGACGACCACAAGGUACAUCAGUAUACAAGGUUGCUGAAUACGCUCGCCGCUUUGGAGUGCCCGUGAUUGCUGACGGAGGUAUUCAGACUGUUGGACACGUGGUCAAAGCGCUGGCUCUGGGAGCAUCGACAGUGAUGAUGGGCUCACUGCUCGCCGCGACCACUGAGGCUCCAGGAGAAUAUUUCUUCUCCGACGGGGUGCGUUUGAAAAAGUAUAGAGGAAUGGGCUCCUUGGAUGCCAUGGAGAAAAACAACAGCCAGAAACGCUACUUUAGUGAGGGAGACAAGGUGAAGGUGGCUCAAGGUGUAUCAGGGUCAGUACAAGACAAAGGCUCCAUCCAUAAGUUUGUUCCUUACCUCAUUGCUGGCAUUCAACAUGGCUGUCAGGACAUUGGAGCCAAGAGUUUGUCCAUUUUACGGUCAAUGAUGUAUUCUGGAGAGCUGAAGUUCGAGAAGAGAACUAUGUCUGCGCAGAUGGAAGGCGGAGUUCAUGGCCUUCACUCAUAUUCUUUUGUACCAUUUAUGAGAAGCGGCUUUACUGAGGCCGGAGGAAGAGGAAACACCCGAUCAGGACCGGAUGUGCCUACCCCGGCACUACUGAGCAGACACACAACAUACAUGUGAACAAAAUGUUCAUGUUUAAUGUAAUAUCCAUGUUCUAUACAUCAUGCUUCAUCAUGUUUAUCAACUAUUCUGUUGAUACCUCUUGAAGAACAGCUAAUUUAUUCAUUCUGGACACGUAUAGGUACACCUGCACAAUCUAAUGGCAUCCAAUACAAUAAUGGUAUCUAAUAUAUAGUAAUGCAUUCUGUUGAGAAAUGUCACUUCAACAAUAUGUUAUUGUAUUGUUAUUGUAGUUUACAGUGGUGAGGACAUGCACUACAUACUAAUAUUUUGUCUCAUUUUGCAUUAGGGAUAGGUGUACCUAAUUAAGUGUUCCCAGAGCACAGAUUGUUGCAUUUGUUGCAUUUAGUUACAAAAAAAGGCAACAACAUUGUGUUUUGACUGAAUUUUAUUUCAUCACAAACCGUCACAAAAAUGUCAUUUUACGGAAAAGUUUUGAUUAUUUUUUUGUUUGUUUUUUAGAACUUGAAGCCAUGUUGGAGGAGAAAAUAUGUGUACAUACAUUUGCAUUUGCUCAUUAGCUUUUUACCGGACUGCUUCGUGCAAAUUCAGAGUAAUUUUCUCCAAAUGGUACAUAUGUACAGUAUAGUAUGUGACCUCACUCAGGAUGUUGUGGUGAACUCUUCAAUAAAAUGAGCUGCUGUAUGGCAGAAGGAACAAAGAAAGAACUUGUACAAAUAUGUAAUAUGUACUGCAUAUUGUUUGAAUUAAAUAGAAGACACUGAUUGACAAUAUCUUUG